AUGUGCCUUUCCCUGCUCCCUUUGGCGGCGUUUGGGCUUUCUGUUCUUUCCUUUUCUUUUUUUCCUGUUCGCCUUUGUGUUCGCUGUUGGGUGUGGAGUGGUGCGGGGGUUUGGGUGGGUGACGGACUGGUGGGAGGCUUGAAGCCAUCUCAAAAAUUUUCAGAGGCUAUGCAUGCACAAAAAUUGGAGUCAUCUUUUGUGGGUGAGAGCUCUAAGCUCAAGAAAGUGAACGGAUGUCUGCCGCGGAGUCAAGAUCGGCCUGUUUUGGUUAUCUCUCCGGAAUCUGUCCAGGAAGAUAUCGCUUAUUGGAGCCAACAUGUUUUGAUCUGCAAGUUCUUGGGUAUUCAGAUUCCUCUCUCGGCAUUAGAAUCUUGGAUCCGUCGAACCUGGCAUGUUGAGGGGGAUUUUGAUUUAUUGGUAGCUGCAAAUGGCUAUUUCAUGGUCGAUUUUCCUAGUAUCUCAGACCAUAAUCGUGUUUUUGAAGGAGGGCCAUAUUUUUACAAUCAUGUUGGCUUGUUCAUUAAGCCCUGGCAUAGUGGUUUUAAUGCGACAGAAGAUCUUCCUACUCGGGUUCCUGUUUGGGUGCGUCUUCCAUGGCUGCCGUUGGAGUUUUGGAGAGAGGAUAUUCUGCUUCGGAUUGCUGCUCUGUUGGGGAAACCGGCUGCCAUUGCUCAAAAUACUUUGGAGAAAAAGGUAUUUUCUUAUGCUCGCAUCUGCGUUGAAAUUGACUUAAAUAAUCCUUUGCCAGACUCUUUGGAAAUUUUUAUUGGCUCGGCUUCGUGGAUUCAACCGCUUGAUUAUGAGUCCCUCCCUUUUCGUUGCUGCUUCUGUCACGAGUAUGGACACCUUCAGCGCCAGUGUCCUCGGGCACCCAAAGCUGCUGGGGUGUCUUCUUCUCCUUCUUCUGGGCCCUCGGUGGAGAAAGGGGAUAAAGGGAAGGAAUCUGGGGUUGAGGGUGGGCCUGAUAAGGAUGGCUUUAUCCCUGUUAAGCAGAGAAAUAAAGGGAGGGGGCACAAGCGGGCCUUUAAGGAUAGUCAGAAUGAUCAGGGUUUCAAUCGGUUUGAGGUCCUGGAUAAUCAGGCUAUGGAGGAAGGGAUUCUUGUUGAGCUUUCUGCUAGGGCCUCUGGUAUGGAUGUUGGGAUGGAUACAGGGCUGGAGAAAGCGAUUGUUGUGCAGAAUUCGUCUUCGGCAUUGGUGCAGGGGAGUUCGGAGCCUCCUGGGGCCUCUGUAGAUGUGCAGGAUGAUAUUGUUUUAGCAGAUUUGGCUAAGGAAACUAAGCUUAUGGUGGAUCUCAUGUUUCAACAUGCUCCUCGUAUUUGGUUUUCUGGCCAGUGUCAGUGUAUUGGAUCUAGGGGAACCUCUGGGGGUCUGGCUCUUUUCUGGGAUCCUCGUAAGGUUGUCCCUCAUUGGUGGAUUUCCAGCCAGUCUGCUAUUUCUAUGGUGGCCUCGAUUUUGGAAUCUAGUGAGACUAUUUUGGUUAGUAAUGUUUAUGCUCCAAUUGAUAUUCAUGGUAAAUCCCAGCUUUGGGCUCAUAUCAGGUAUGUUAGGUCCUGUGCUCCCUUUCUACCUUGGAUUUUAGCUGGUGACUUCAAUGCUGUGUUGAGCUUGGAGGAGAAAAGGGGAGGGCUGCCUAGGCUUGGCCCUGCUUCAGAUAUGUUUCGGACUAAUGUGGACUCUCUAGCAUUGAUGGAUGUAAAACCCUCUAAUGGAAUUUUCACUUGGAAUAAUAGAUGGAGUGGGCCUGAAGGGAUUGCCCAGCGGCUUGAUCGUUUCCUUGUCUCUUGCUCUUGGGUUAGAGGUGAUCUUGUGGCUCAAUGGUGGCGGGAUGGCGCCCCUGCCUAUGGUACAUCUAUGUAUUCUCUGGUUAAGAAGUUGCAAUAUGUUAAGUUUCAUCUUAAGCGAUGGAAUAGGUUGAGUUUUGGUAAUUUUCGGGCUAGGAAAAGAGAAGCGCUGGACCACCUUGCUGCUCUGAAAUUGGUGGAAGAGUGGGAGCUCCGUGAAGAGAUUUUCUGGAAACAAAAGGCUAGGAUUGAUUGGCUUCAAGAGGGUGAUCGGAAUACGGCCUUUUUCCAUUAUUCUGUGCAAGCUCGUCGAAAUAAGUGCUUUAUUUCUUCUCUUGUUAACUCUGAGGGUAUUUCAAUCUCUGCUCAACAUGCUCUGUCUAGAGAGGCUCGUCAGUACUACUCUAAUCUUUUCACUGAGGAUUCUGUACCUGCUGAGGCUGAUGAAAAUAGAGUCCUUGCUUGUAUUCCUUCUUUAAUUUCUAAUGAGGUGAAUGCUUCUCUUAUUUGCCCGGUGACUUUGUCUGAAGUGGAGGAGGUGGUGUUUGGGAUGAACAAAGGGAAAGCCCCUGGCCCUGACGGGUUCCCAGUUGAGUUUUUCCAGGAGUUUUGGGAUAUUGUGAAGCAGGAUUUGUUAGAGGUGGUUUGUGAGUCUCUUCAUAGUAAGCAGAUGCUUCGCGCCUUGAAUGCUACUUUUCUGGUUCUCAUUCCUAAGAAGGAAGGUGCUGACAAACUUGAUCUCUUUAGACCUAUUGCACUCUGUAAUGUGGUGUAUAAGAUUAUUACGAAGUUGAUGGCUGAGAGACUCAAAUCUUGUUUGCCAAUGAUUAUUUCUGAGGAGCAAGGCGGCUUUGUGGCUGGGCGGCAAAUUCUGGAUGGGGUGGUGGUUGCGUUUGAAGCCAUUCAUUCCAUGGCUGCUUCUUAG